CUUGUGAUACUAUUGGACCCCAGGUGUACCUGCUUCUGUGUUCGUGGCCAUUUCUGCUCAGUUGUUAGACUAAGCAUUCACAGAACGUCACUUAAAGAACAGGCUGCUUCGACUUUACUAUUGGUGGGGGUUCCCACUCAAUUCAUCCAGCAUGCUCCGUACCAUGGCCCCUUGGCCUGAGGUGGAAAAUGCCCAACCUGACCCUGAGAAAUACAUCAAAGAGGGCGCGGGGCAGCAGCCUGGCGCAGAUGCCAAGGGCAAGGAUGUGGACCAAAAUGCCAGCGGGACUCCAGUGGCCAAGAUUGAGCUACUGCCCUCCUACUCCACCGUGGAACUAUUAGAAGAGCCCACCCAGGUGGAAGACCCCUGGAAUCUGCCGGAGCUCCAGGACACUGGCAUCAAGUGGUCAGAGAGAGAUGCCAAAGGGAAGAUUCUGUGUAUCUUGCAAGGAAUUGGGAAGUUUGUCUUGCUCUUGGGAUUCCUCUACUUGUUCGUGUGCUCCCUGGAUAUCCUCAGCAGUGCCUUCCAGCUGGUUGGAGGAAAGAUGGCCGGGCAGUUUUUCAGCAACAACUCCAUCAUGUCCAACCCCGUGGCGGGGCUGGUGAUCGGCGUGCUGGUGACCGUCAUGGUACAGAGCUCUAGCACCUCCUCGUCCAUUGUCGUGAGCAUGGUGGCCUCCUCAUUGCUCACUGUGCGGAUGGCCAUACCCAUCAUCAUGGGGGCCAACAUCGGAACCUCCAUCACCAACACCCUGGUGGCGCUCAUGCAGGCCGGAGACAGGAACGAGUUCAGAAGGGCUUUCGCAGGGGCCACUGUCCACGACUUCUUCAACUGGCUGUCUGUCUUGGUGCUACUGCCCCUGGAGGCCAUCUCCCACUACCUGGAGAGGCUGACUGGGCUUGUGGUGAACACCUUCAACUUUCAGAAUGGAGAUGAGGCCCCAGCCUUGCUGAAAGUCAUCACAGACCCCUUCACAAAGCUCAUUGUCCAGCUUGACAAAAAAGUUAUCCACCAAAUUGCAAUGAAUGACCCAGCAGCCCAAAACAAGAGCCUGAUCAAGAUUUGGUGCAAGUCUGUCAGCACAGUGGCACAGAUGAAUGUUACUGUCCCCUCACCUGAAAACUGUACCUCCUCUUCACUCUGUUGGACGGAUGGUGCCCAAACCUGGACCUUGAAGAACGUGACCCUACAGGAGAACAUUGCUAAGUGCCAGCACAUCUUUGUGAACUUCAACCUCCCAGACCUCAUCGUGGGCAUCAUCCUGCUUGUUCUCUCCCUACUGGUCCUUUGUGGUUGUCUGAUCAUGAUUGUCAAGAUCCUGAGCUCCGUGCUCAAGGGCCAGGUGGCUACUGUCAUCAAGAAGACCAUCAACACUGACUUCCCCUUCCCCUUCUCCUGGGUGACCGGCUACCUGGCCAUCCUCGUGGGAGCCGGCAUGACCUUCAUCGUGCAGAGCAGUUCUGUGUUCACAUCUGCCCUGACCCCGCUGAUUGGUAUCGGUGUGAUAAGCAUCGAGAGGGCGUAUCCACUCACGCUGGGCUCCAACAUCGGCACCACCACCACCGCCAUCAUGGCAGCUUUGGCCAGCCCAGGCAGCACCUUGAAGAGCUCACUCCAGAUCGCCCUGUGCCACUUUUUCUUCAACAUCUCUGGCAUCUUGCUGUGGUACCCGAUCCCGUUCACCCGCCUGCCCAUCCGCCUGGCCAAGGGCCUGGGCAACAUCUCCUCGAAGUACCGCUGGUUCGCUGUCGUCUACCUCAUCAUCCUCUUCCUCCUGUUCCCACUGUCAGUGUUCGGCCUCUCCCUAGCAGGCUGGCCAGUGCUGGUGGGCGUGGGGGUGCCCAUUGUCGUCCUGCUGCUCCUGGUGGUGUGCCUGCGGCUGCUGCAGUUCCGCUGCCCACGCAUCCUGCCUCAGAAGCUGCGCACCUGGAGCUUCCUGCCCUCGUGGCUGCGCUCCCUGGAGCCCUGGGACCGUGUCAUCUCCCUGCUCACCACCUGCUAUCAGCGGCGCUGCUGCUGCUGCUGCCGUGUGUGCUGUCGCGUGUGCUGCCUCAUGUGCGGGUGCACCAAGUGCUGCCGCUGCAGCAAGUGCUGUGAGGACCAUGAGAGGGAGGAGGAGCCGGGGGUCCCCAUCAAGGGGCCUGCGGCCUUCGGCAUGGCCAUGACCCAAGAGGUCCAGGGGGAUGGCAAGGGCACAGCGAUCUCCUGCACCGUCACGGCCUUCUAGGGGAAACUGGGGGCUUGGGGACCCAGGGCCCAUGCAUACCUUCUGUGGCCUUCCACUGCCUCACAGAAAUCUCUCCAUCUGGAAAUAGUCACGUGUCCUGUGGGCCCCCACGUCCCACACAGGAUGACAUGGAGAACUAGAGCUUGACCACGCCCACUCCUGCACAGCUGCAGCAGUACCCACUUCUAGACCCAGCCUAUCAGUUGGGAAGGACUGAGGAGGGACCAGAGAAGGGUCCCAUGGGGGGUGUCUGUGUCUACAGAGCUCUCAUUUUUAUUUUUUUAUUUUUUAUUUUUUAUAACUGGAACCCAUUUGUCCCAAGAGUAGCAGGACCAGGGAAAUAGGGGGAUCAUUGGAGACCAUAGGCCUGGGCCUUUCCUGCCUGGCAUGGCUUCAUCAGCAGAGAGACUCCUUCACUGGGCUUCAGGCUACUGCCCUCCCACUAUCUUGGUCAGAAGUCAUCCCAGUCAGAAUAAGAUAUACAGCUCCCCUCAGCCUGUUCCCUCCCCUAGAAUCCCUGGGAGCAUCCAUACAUGCAAUAGUCCUGCAGAUUGUUGCUAGCUUACUAGGUCUAGCUUCUAGCAAUCAGCUUCUACCUACCUGUCCAUCCUACCCACUGGGUGCCCACUGGAAUCUCCAAGCAUCUUCCCCUCCCCAUAGAUGAGCUCUGAUUUCCUGCCCUCUCCUCACACCUGCAGAGCUACAGCCUUUCAGUAGGGGGCGCCACACAGGGCUGACAGAACCGCUGUCCAUCAUGGGUCUCGGUCCUGAAUGCUAGACGCCUUCCCUGUGUCUCCCAAGUCCCUGUCACACCUAUGUUCCCCACCCUCACCUCCUCCCUGGCAAGUGAACUUGAGCCUUAUCCAAAAAAAGGGUGUGAUGGUGCCCCAGGUCACCCUCCUCUAGCGUCUCCAUAGGAACAAGCCCUCUCAAACUCCCCAUGUAGAUAUCGCGAUCCCCAAACAGAGCCUUUUAUACUUUAUAGCCAUAUACCUGUACAGCAUUUUUCAUAAUUUAUGUAGUAAAUAGUUUGUGGUUUUGUGUAUUUUUGACUCAUUUGGAAUUGAGGUAGGGUUCUAUGGAAUGUAAAGACAGAAGCAAGCACCUUUGUAUAUUUUGUGAUACUGACUUUAUUAAGCAGGCCUCCGGGCCACGCCGCCCUGCACACUGUACAUAUGUAAGUUAAGCCUGUGGUCAUCUGCACUCUUGAUUUUUUUUUUUUUUUUAAACUGGAAUCUUUGUACCUGUGUUGAUUGUAUUUUUUUU